GCCGACAAGUCCAUUCCGAGAGCGGGGAAGUAGGUUUGUCAUAUGUCACCUUGACUUAUUGUAAGACGGACACAGCCGAUCGUCGUUAUAAAUACAACUGCAACACUUCUUUAUUCAAGGUCUUUCAGGUCACGUAAUUUCUCGGAAAGCUAUUUCGAUGAAUGACGUAUUUUACCAGUAGCAGUAUAAAUUGACUUGGCGUCAUAUCAGUAGCUCAUUCAGGCUCAUUGGUACACGGUGUCAGUAUAUUACAUGCAGCAGAUGAACAAGGAAACAGACUCUCACGACUCUUCUUCUUGAUUACCUGGAAUUUCCCAAUGUUACAUCAAAUAGGUGCAUGGGGGUGGAGUCAAGGAGGCGGAGGAUCUCGAAGAGGAAGAAGAAGACACCAAACAAGAGGCUAUUAUGACAUGGACGAAUACCGACGUCAAGGGCAAGGAAGAGUAAGAGGAACAGGACAAAGAAGACAGAUUGGGUUCGAACGAUUAAGAGAUCUCACAGAUGAAGACAAUGUUGAAAAUAUAACUUUAGAACUCGCAAGUGAUAAAAGUGGUUUUGAGUCAAUGUUACAUAGUUCUUUUAUGCACAUGGAUGAAGUCUGUCUUGUACUUGAUGUGGUAGUCAAAAUAACCCGUACGCAUCACAAAGAAGGCCUGAAAAAGGUUCUGAAGAUGCUAUGCACAUCUGGUUUUUUGGAAACCCAUCUUGUAAGGUUUAUCGAACAGCUCCGAACAUACUCUGAGAUUGAAUACAAUUGUGACGAUGUGUGCGUUAUAUGUCAGGAAAUACUGAAGAAACUCCCAAUGUAUGCAGAGGAAUGCAUUGUUGCUUUACAAUGUGUUGGGGAUGUGUUCUAUGAUAGCGGUUUGAUCCAUGAUAACCCUGAACUUGAAGCAUAUAGAGCAGAUUUGGAGGAGACAUGUAUUCAGCACAUACAGUAUGGUUUUGAAAGAGAGGAUGAAGAACCACCGAACAACUACAGGGAUCUAGAGAUGUUUCCCAGCCCCCAGGAGUUGCUGGCAGAUGAGAAGCCAUUCCUGAGGGAGAACAAAGACAAGGGAGCCUACUUCAACUUAGACACUUACCUUGAUGUUCAGUUCCGGUUAUUACGGGAGGAUUACAUCCAACCAUUGAGGAAAGGUAUACUUGCGUACCGGCAAUGCAAAUUGGACCAAGUUCCAAACAAGGUUGCAGAUACAUGGUUGUAUCACAAUGUACACAUAAUCCGCUCGAUUUGCUCUGAUGACGUUGACACACGGUUGACAUUUGAUGUUUCUCGUGUUGGAAGAAUUCGAUGGCAGUCAACUAAAAGGUUGAUCUGUGGUUCUCUUGUUUGUCUCUCAAAAGACAACUUUGAGACGAUGCUCUUUGCAACUGUAACAAACAGAACUGUUCACGAUUUAUUGAAAGGGAACAUAGAUGUUAGGUUUGAGCAAGAUUUUGACAUUGUACUCAACAUAUCUCCAACUGACACAUUCAUUAUGGCUGAAACCCCAGCUUACUUUGAAGCCUAUAGACAUGUCCUUUCAAAACUGCAACAGAUCGAAGACUCCCUUCCAUUCCAACAGUAUCUUGUUGACUGUGAAACAAACAUCCAAGAACCGGAAUAUAUAGAUCAUAGUGUGCGAUACAAUAUGACUGCUCUUGGAGGAUACAUGUACAGGGCAUAUCUUUCAUCAGUGACAUUACUAGACACAAGAAAAUGGCCACCACUGAAGGUUUAUAAUCUCAAUGAGGUUCAGCUACAGGCAGUGAAGAUAGCUCUUACGAAGGAACUUGCCAUUAUUCAAGGCCCACCAGGCACAGGCAAGACAUAUGUGGGCCUGAAGAUCAUGGAAGUUCUCUUGGAGAACAAAGCUCAGUGGUCAUAUCCAGGGUCCAGCAAUGUGAUCCUUGUUGUCUGUUACACAAACCAUGCCCUGGAUCAGUUCCUUGAAGGAAUUCACAAGUUCCAUCCAUAUGGUAUCAUUCGAGUUGGAGGGCGAAGCAGUAGCAAAAUUCUUGAACCUUACAACCUGAAAGAACUACGCAGUGGCAGAAGGAGAAAGAAAAAGAUGAGAAGGAUUGUUCAUGACAAUUUUUGGGAAUGUAAAAACCAAAUGGCUGCUAUCAAAAACACAAUUGAAGAGGUAGGCUGUAGGAUCGAGGCAAGCAUGCUUGGUGUUCUUCAUGAAGAUGUAUUGAGGCCACAUAUGGAACUUAAUCACUUUAGAAGCCUUCUAAAGAAGUUCAGAAUGGGUAGACAAUCAGCCAUUUUAACAUGGCUUGAGUUCAGAGACCUACCAGCUAGUACUCGAGCUGAAAAAACAUUCCAACGACUCAUAGAUUAUUGGACAAAAGCAAUUCUGGAUUAUGUCAGUUAUCAAGGACCCAUCAAAGAGGAUUUUUUCGAUAAUGGUCAGAUUCUGUCAAUGCCAUUUGUUGAGAGAGCUCAUAUGUACAAAUUAUGGCUUGAACAGUUUAGAUUUAAUGUCAAUCGGGAAAAAGAAAAAAUAGAGACACAGUGUCAAGAUGGAACUAUGACCAAUAGAGGUGGCCAUUUCAUUCUUCAAAAGUUGACUUCUCAGCUCAAACAGGCAAUGAUCUCCAUACUUCCAGAUGCUCUUUUACAGCAGUUUGUUCCAAGGCCUGUAUACAAGCUUAUCAAGGACACAUACUCUGAACACCAUGAGGAAUACUCAAUCAAAGUAUGGCUUGGAGCUACACCACUUGUAGCUGUCGUUGAAGAUGAACUCUAUGAUGCCAUUGAAGAACUGGAUGAAAUCAAUUCAGGACUCUCAAAGGCAGAUGAAACAGCAGCUAUCAUUACCAGACAGAGAUUUGUUGAUGAUGAGGUUGAUAUUGUUUCAAAGCGAUCAUGUCGGCCAUCAGUUCAGAUGUCAAAGGCCACAAACAACUUGGCUCUGAGUUUUCAAUCGCUACAUUACACCAAAUUACAUGAAGGAAACCAGAGUGCAAAUGAACAAGUUCAAUCUGCACAUAAACGAAAGCAGAAGAAACGACUAGAGAAAAUUUUAAUGGAAGCACAACCCAUCAAUGCACAAAUAUUGCAAUGCAGAGAUGUGUGGGAUCUGAAUAUGAAUGACCGGGAAUCACUGUACAAGACAUGGGUGACAAGGUAUCAGCUGUAUUGCAAAUUAUCCAUCAAAGAUAAAGAACACGAAUACAGACAGUUAGCAAAGAGGCUGAAGGAAGUCUUGAGGGAAGAGGAUAAAGAUAUUCUCUCUCAAGCAGACAUCAUUGGAAUGACAACUACAGGAGCUGCCAAACAUGCAGCUCUUCUUGAAGCUGUAGCACCUCGUAUUGUCGUAGUAGAGGAGGCUGCUGAAGUCCUGGAGUCCCACAUAAUCACUGCCCUCAACCCUGAGUGCCAACACCUCAUUCUCAUAGGAGACCACCAACAACUGAGACCAAACCCUACAGUCUAUGAACUGGCGAGGAAAUACAAUCUUGACAUAUCACUGUUUGAAAGGUUGGUGAAGAAUGGGUUACAUCAUGUGACUUUAGAAUUCCAACACAGAAUGAGACCGGAGAUAUCUGUCCUAAUGAAACACAUUUACCCAACAUUGAAGGACCAUACCUCAGUUACAAACUUUAACUCUAUACGUGGUGUUGACAAGAAUGUGUUUUUCCUUUCCCACCAGCACAGGGAACACCAUCUGAAUGAGACUAUGAGUAAGUCAAAUGAGCAUGAAGCAUCUUUCAUCAUAGCCUUGUGCAAGUACUUUCUGCUCCAGGGCUAUGAAGCAUCAGACAUAACAAUACUUGCUGCUUACACAGGACAAAUUUCAUUAAUCAAGAGACUCAUGGGAAAGGAGAAUGACCUCUUUCUAGAUGUGCGUUUGACUUCUGUUGACAAUUUUCAAGGAGAAGAAUGCAAGAUUAUCCUUUUGUCAUUUGUCCGCAGCAAUGAAGAAGGAUCUGUUGGAUUCUUGAGUAUUGACAAUAGGAUUUGUGUUGCACUCUCACGAGCAAAGGAAGGAAUGUUUGCUUUUGGGGAUUUUACUCUAUUUGCAGAGAAAAGCCCACUGUGGGCCAGUAUUGUACAGACGCUACGAUCAACAAACUCCAUUGGUCCAGUCCUGCGUCUGAGGUGCAGGAACCACCCAGAGAUAACAGUGUCAGUCUCAUCUGCUAAUGACUUUGACAAGGCUCCCAGAGGCGGAUGCACAAAGAGUUGUGGUGUCAGUCUCAUGUGUGGUCACACGUGUGAUGAAAUUUGUCAUGUAAAUGACAUGGAACAUAGAGAGCAUAAAUGUCAGAAACCAUGCAAAAGGCUAUGUGACAAAUGUGGACAAAGAUGUUUGAAGAGAUGCGUUCAAAAAUGUAAAUGCACUAACAUGGUAAGAAAGACAAUACCUAAAUGUGGUCAUACAAAAGAAAUGCAGUGUGACUCAGAUCCUUCACUUUGGAAGUGUAGCAAAUUGUGCAUGAUGGUUCUGCCAUGCAGGCACAGAUGCGCUGGUAUUUGUGGAGAAUGUAAAAAUGUACAGUAUACAUUGAUACAGUCUCGCCACAUGAAGUGCCUGAAGCCUUGUUCACGACAUCUUUCCUGUGGCCAUUCAUGCAGAGGGGUUUGUGGAGACUGUACACGAAAUGGCUGCAUGGAAAUGUGUGAAGAAAUAGUCGAUGUAAAACUAAAAUGUGGACACAUUUAUCCCACGUAUUGUCAAGACUCAAAGAAAAACCAUGGUUGCUUUCGUGAAUGCGAGCAACAACUAACUUGUGGACACAAGUGCAUGCAAAUAUGUAGGCAAUGCAUGUUUUUGGGUCACGGUAAGAAAUGUGCUGUUUCAACAAAAACUACACUUCCGUGUGGACACGUUAUUGAAAGUGAAUGCCACAAGUCAACUUUACAGAUGAAGUGCAUGAAGCCUUGUGCACGACAUCUUUCCUGUGGCCAUUCAUGCAGAGGGGUUUGUGGAGACUGUACACGAAAUGGCUGCAUGGAAACGUGUGAAGAAAUAGUCAAUGUUAAACUAAAAUGUGGACAUAAUUAUCGAGAGUAUUGCCAUUCUACUACAUGGGAUUUCAAAUGUGUUUGUGACCAAACAUAACGUUUCAAAGAGUCCAGAUGUAGCGCAUUGUUUAAGGACGACCGUCUACCCGGAAUGAACAUUGGAAUGACAUCUUAUUUGAAACCACCAGGAUACCUUUGUUCAUUGUAAUGAAUUGUUGCCAUGAACACUUCUGUGAACACACUCUUUUUGAGUGUAGUUGUUGAGUGUAAAUUGUCGCUAUUUUAGUUUUUUAACAUGACACAAAGCCAACACUCACUAUUCAAAUAUGAUAAAAUGACACAAAACCCAAGCUGUUCCAAUACGAUUAGACUAGACAUAACCUGACCAUUAAAGUGAAAGUCCGAGUAAGAAUAGGUCUUCAGCAACCCAUGCUUGUCUUCCCUCGUGAAGAUUCGAGUUAGAAUAGGUCUUCAGCAACCCAUGCUUGUCGUAAGAGCAGACUAACGAUAUCGGAUGGUCAGGCUCGCUGACUUGGUUGAUGUAUGUCAUUGUAUCCAAAUUGCGUAUAUAGUUGCUCUUGAUGUCGAUCACUGAAUUGACUGGUCCGAUUCGAUUAUUUCAGACCACUGUCAUAUAGCUAGAAUAUUGCUGAAUUAUUUAUUGCUUGAAUAUUGUUCGUUAAACAACAAACGAAACCUGACAAUCAUUAUUAUGGUGUUAUAACAUGACACAAUUCCUAACAGUAACUAUUAAUGCGAAAGUAGUAACCUUAAGUAAAAGGCGACUAUGCUUGUCGUAAGAGGCGGCUAACGGGAUCGGGUGGUCAGCUGGCUCUCUGACUUGGUUGAUGCAUGUCAUCGAUCCCAAUUGCGUGGAUCGAUGCUCAUGACAUUAAUCA